GGCCUCUGUUUCCGACCUUCCUCUUCCUACGCCAAAGGUGUCCAUAGUGUUCCCCUGACCCAAAUCAUCAAAAAGAUUAGGCUCUCUCUCCCGUAGAACCAAUUAUGGAUUGUUACAGUAGAAAAGUGGUUGAAGAUAAACUGAGGAUUUGAGAAAGAUGUCAAAAUCACACAAAUGCAAUAGAAACACACAACCAAAAGUCCACGCAAAGGCAAAAAUACUAUAAUUAGAGCCGACCAAACGCAAUUUGUUUAAUGUUACACUUCUUUUCCACAUUCAUGGUUUUCUCCGUUUCUCUUGUCCAACCAGCCUUUAGUAUAACCAAUAUUUUAUACCUCGCCGGUCGCUUUCAGAUAAAAGAAUGCAUCCUAUCAGCUCACGAGAGAAAUCGCAUUAAUUAAUUCCCAUUACUGAUGUUAUAGGGCAUCUAGCUAUAUUUGCUUCCCCCCCUGUGUUUAUGUGAUUUAGUAGUUUUGUUUUUUUAAUCCUGAAGGCCACUUUCUCAGGUUUCCACUUUUCACACUGCCCGAAAAAUAAACUUCACGAGUUUCGAGGUUUAAGGUUUCUUCAUUUUAGGACUGGGAAACAAGGUAUUCCUUGUGUUAUAUGUGUUGAUUGAAAUUAAUGAUCAAGUUGAAUAAGCUGGGUUUGAUCGUUCAAGAUUGGAUUUUUCUUGUUGUUGCCUUCUCCCCGAGUGAUAAUGAGUUGAGAAAGUAAUCAUGGGAUUCGGUAGCUGCUUUGGUGCAUUUGAUUCUUGUAAAGAAACGAGCAAAUCCCAUUGGCCUCAAGGUAAUACUAUACUUCUUUUUUUAAAAAACUUAUCUCUUGCCUUUUGUUGUUGAGUUGUUUAUUUGUUUCCUGAAUGGUUCAGAAAUCAAUACCGCGGGGAAUGUCAGGUUGUUUUCCUACAAUUCGUUGAGAUCAGCAACAGGGCAUUUUCACCAAUCAAACAGAAUUGGGGGAGGUGGUUUUGGGGUGGUGUAUCGGGUAAAAGAUUAUUGGUAGCAUUGAAGAAGGUUUUAGGAGAGACGAAUUUUUUUUCUGAACUCUUGAAGUGUUUUUGUUUAUGUUCUUUUUGGAAUUGCAGGGUGUUUUAAGAGAUGGAACUCGGGUUGCCAUUAAGCGUCUUUCUGCUGAGUCAAAGCAAGGGACUAAUGAAUUUCUCACAGAAAUUAAUGUGAUCUCCCAUAUCAAGCAUCCGAACCUCGUUCAAUUACUUGGCUGUUGCGUUGAGGGUAGUCACCGGAUAUUAGUAUAUGAAUUUAUGGAAAACAACAGCCUUGCCAGUUCUUUACGAGGUUCAAAGGGUAAAAUGCUUGAUCUGGACUGGCGAACAAGAGCUAGCAUAUGCAUGGGUACGGCUUCUGGCCUUGCUUUCCUACAUGAGGAAGUCCACCCGCGAAUUGUCCACCGAGAUAUAAAAGCCAGUAAUGUUCUCCUUGAUGAGAAUCUCAAUCCCAAGAUUGGUGAUUUUGGGCUUGCCAAACUAUUCCCAGAUAAUGUCACCCAUAUUAGCACAAGAGUCGCAGGAACCGUGGGAUAUCUUGCUCCAGAGUAUGCAUUAUUAGGACAGCUUACAAAGAAGGCAGAUGUAUAUAGCUUUGGGGUACUUGUGCUUGAGAUAGUAAGUGGCAAAAGUAGCAGCAAGGCAGCAUUUGGAGACGAUUUGUUGGUUCUAGUGGAAUGGACAUGGAAAUUGAGAGAUGAAGGCCGGUUACUAGAGAUUGUUGAUCCAGAAAUGGGGGAGUAUCCAAUAGAUGAAGUCACACGCUUCAUUAAAGUGGCACUCUUCUGUACUCAAGAAGCUGCACACCAAAGGCCUGGCAUGAAAGAAGUAGUGAAGAUGCUUUCCGAAGAUGUUAACCUCAAUGAAAAGUUGCUGACAGCACCAGGGAUCUACAGACCAAGAAAUAUGUGCCGUCGAUCAAGUGAAGACACCCUGCAGAUAACAUCCACAAAGGCGUUUAACAAAGGCGGCAGACUUUCAACAAUUCCUUUUGAUGAUUCACAGAACAUGUCGCAAUUGCAACCUAGAUGAUCGCGACUCCUUAGUUUCUGUAGUCUGCAUCAUGUUAGGUGAAGCAUUAGAUGAUUGUGAAGGGUGAUCAUGGCGCCGUAUCAGGUCACAAAAAAUGUACUCUCUGUCCAAAAAAAAAAAAAAACUAGUCUAGAUUGAGUUUGCACUAAAAACAAUGCAAAUUUGAGAAUGCAAUGUGGACUAUUAAUUUAGGACAAAGGUAAUAUAUGUUAAUAUGGAUGUUGGAGCCACAAUGCAUCCAACUAUUGUUUUUAUAGUAGUAUAGAUGAUUUUACCAUCUUCUAGUUCUGGGAAAUGAGUGCAAAUGUAAAGUCAUCCCGUUUCAACAUAGAAAUACAAAC